AUGCAAUGGCACACAGGUUACGGCAAUAGAACCAUGGGCAAGUGGGCGAUUCUCACCAACCAUGAGCGUCUGUACUGGUUCUAUGGCGAUGGGGGAAGUGCGGAUGGCUACGGAGAGAGACACUACAUGCGUCUCGGUUAUUUGAGAUACAUUUCGACAUGGUCUCGCGAUUGGCAUGUGUACCAUGAAAAAUGGGAUCAGGUAGGUCUCACUUCAUCUUGUGUCAGUGUGAUUGAGCUAACUGAUGUGGGCCUUCCCCUCUCAUACCAUGACGAAUGGAAACAGCUGGAUGUUCUCCGAAGAUGA